AUGGCGAACAUGCCGGUGUCAAUUUCCCGUGGUCUUGCAAUGCAUGUAGAUCAUGUAGCUGCAAACGUUUGGGCAACUGAGCAUUUUGCCGAAGUAUGUGGAGAAACUGUUACUCGUGCGCGUGUGCAGCCCCAGAACCUCUGGCAGACGUGCUGCGACCCCUCACGCUACGAUGGCUUUGGCAGCGUGAGCUGCUUCACUUCGCGCGGCUUGCAGGGCUGGGAAGCUCGGCGCUGCUGUAGCCUGCUGGAGCCAGGAAAUUUCACCGCCGAGUUGUGGAGAAGUUUACUUCGCAGACGCCGUGGCACCCGCAUGCCAUCCACAGCGCCAAACGCUUCGAGCUUUAUACUGGUGGCAUACCACAAAUCUGGUGCAACCCUUUCAAUGGCUUUGCUGACUCGUCCCCGGAUGAGGCGGCUUUUGCUUGGCAGCAGCAGCGUCAGCAUUUCGUGGGCGAGAAGUCUUUGGACGGCGACUAGUCCAUCAUUCCAACGUGGUGUCUUUUUGCAGGAGGGCCCACGGCGAAUGAUGUCCUACUGGAUAGCCCCUUCGCAGAUGGCGCAUCCUGAAAUCCUGAAUGACUAUCUAAUACCUGGCGAUGCAAGAGUGGUGCACAUGGUGCGAAAGCCUAGCGAGCUCAUUGUGACCCUCGGUCUGCAGCUAGUUCACGCCCGGGCCUGUAGUCGUCUCAAGAACACGGUGCCAUGGAAUGCUUAA